AGGUGGUGUGAGUGAGGAAGGGAUUGAGGAGAAGAGAGAAAAGACAUGACAAAAAUACCAAAAGGCAGAAAGCACGCCGUACCAUGCGAGCGGAACUGGUGAGCGAUGGGAUCGAGGAUGUCGGAUUAAUGGUGACUACCGCAGCCCGUUUUCGCAGAGGACGCUUUUCUAUUGCAACUUGGGCGCAGAGGGUCCGCGGGGAAACAUGGCCGAAGGAGGUGGCGGAGAAGACCCCGCCAGGUCGGCGGAGCAGGAGGACCGGACCCGAGCCCAGCAGAUCCUGUCGGGAUCGGGCUUUUGCAAGUGGUUCAACGUCCGAAUGGGCUUCGGAUUCAUCUCAAUGACCAACAGCGAAGGGGGCCCCGUGGACCCCCCCCUGGAUGUUUUCGUCCACCAAAGCAAACUGGUGAUGGAGGGUUUCCGCAGCUUAAAGGAGGGUGAGCAGGUGGAGUUCACCUAUAAGAAGUCCUCUAAGGGCCUGGAAUCCCUGCGGGUGACGGGGCCCGGCGGGGGGCCCUGUGCAGGCAGUGAGAGGAGACCUAAAGGGAAGGUCCCGUUCCAGAAACGUAAACCAAAGGGAGACCGCUGUUAUAACUGUGGAGGACUGGAUCACCAUGCCAAGGAGUGUGGCCUGCCCCCCCAGCCAAAGAAAUGCCACUACUGCCAGAGCAUCACGCACAUGGUGGCCCAGUGUCCCCACAAGGCGCUGGCGCCUGCCACAGGCUCUCAGGACCAACAUGCGUCUACCUCGGCUUGCAGCCCGGGGACCGGGCCCUACCUCUGUCUCCCAGAGGAGGAGGAGCGCUCCGGCUCAUCUCCCCUGGACGGCUCCUCCUCCUCCCCCGAGGAGCCCCACCUACCACGCGGCUCUCGGACCCAGAGAUGGAGGAAAUCCUGAAAAAUAGUCCAGAGAGGUGGCCACUUUCACAGCUUAACCUCUGACACUUGCGUCUCCCCUCAAUCAAGGUUACCUGAAGCCCCCGAUAAUCUACCUCACACCUGUGGAAAAAAAAAAAGAAAAAAAAAAGGGAGGUCUUUAUUUCUUUACUUUGAUUCUGUUAUUUUUCUAACCAGCGCAGCUAUGGCAACGAUCAGCGGGGUACGGACAUGUGUGAAUGUCUGUGACUGACUCGCAGUCAUCUAGUGCAGCUAUGGCAACCACCGCUGGAAUGGUGACUGCAGGGAAUGACUGCUUCUUGUUUCCGUGCAGCUGGACGGUGAAACAACAAGGUUUGACGACUGUUGUCUCUGUUUGUUCCCCCUGGACUUAAGUGGUGGCCAUUCUGAAUGCCUUUUUUCUCUAAUCAUGUCACAGAUUUAAAGCCACAAAUUUAUAACCUGUAGGUGUAAUCAUUCUGGAAAGUCAUGAUUGAGUAUUCGUACCGUACACUCAUUUUAAGAAGGAUUAGAGGAAGACUCUUAAGGGCUUGAGGCUCUCUAAGUGAUAAUCCAGACCCAUAGGUCUGUUGGCUUGGCUUCUGAAAAUCUUUAGGGAAACUUAAUGAAUUCCAAAGGGAUUUUUUUUAAAUAAGCCAGCGAGCUUCUAGAAUAUGUUGACUAUAAUUUUGAAACACUCAAUACUUAUCUCUUAGAAGACGAAGACUGGACCAACUGAUUGUCGCAGAGCAAGCACAGUGUGAUACUGACAGAAAAUGACAACGCGGGUGUUGCACUUGCUCUGAAUAAAAUCAAAACCGUCAGACCUGAGCACCUCUCCUUCAGAUCCGAGUAACUGCUAUUAACUUUCCUCUUGUCAUAGAUAGACACAUCUUAUAUAAAACGCCAUAUAAUCCAUCUAGAUCAUAGCUUAGAUUCGAAGCAAUGAACUGAUCAUUAGAACUCCAUUUUGGUUGUUGCAUAAUUAGUUUAAAAUAGCAAUUAAUAUAUAUGUACAUUUGCAAGAUAUAAUUAAAAUUCUAUUAACUUUAAGUAAUGCAUAUGCAUAUAUAUAUAUAUAUAUAUAUAUAUAUAUAUAUAUAUAUAUAUAUAUAUAUAUAUAUAUAUAUAUAUAUAUAUAUAUAUGGAAUUAGCUCUGACAUAGGUGCAUAGCCCUGUGUAUGUGCAUGGGAUUUGCUUUUAUUGGUGUGAAAAUUCUCCCUCUCAACAACAUCAACAUCAAUUUGACAGAAAACCACAAUAUCAUUAUAGCUGCUUUACUUAUGUAAUACCUCACUAGUUCUUCCUUUGGGAAGGGAAUGUCAGGCUGUUUGCUUUCCUAGCUGUGUUUUAGUAGUUGAACCACGUUUCUUUUCCAUCUGUGCCUCCCAUUUCAGUCAGCACCAACUAGGUGAUGCGCUCUCUCUCUUCUUUGGGAGGAGAUGCCAUCGCUGCUGCGGCUGCUGCUGCUGCUUCAGACGCGACGAAAAAGGAUAGAGGGAGAGCAGUAUAUGGAGUGUGUUGCUCUUUAGUAUAACUUGAAUCCCAAGCAUGGCUUUAGUGGCACUUAUUUGUGACCUAACAACUCGUCUCUGACCAUACUGAAUGUGAAAAGAGCUUAUCCGAAGUCGACUCCUCACAAAGUUCACGUUGGGUCGUUUUGGAGUUGUUUCUUGAUGUUCUGACAAAUCAAAUAAUUUUGUAUGAUCAUAUCAAACUAGCUUGUAUGUUUUGUUUUCUUAAAAAAAAUCUCUAAAGAGACAACCAACUUGGCUUUCGGUAUAUUAAUAUGUCAAAGAGUUUGGCUUUUAUUUCCUGAAGGCAUAUUAAGUUUAGACUUACUGAAGUGCUUGCUAUUUUUGCUCUUUCAGAAUAAGAGGCACUUAUUGCUGAAAGUGCAAUCAAACUUUUUUUUGGGGGGGAAAUAAGUUACAGCCUUUUGAAUGUGUGUGUGCGUUAAAAAUCAAAUCUCAACAAUGCAGCAUGACAGAAGAAACACAUGAAUGACCAAACUGCAAAAGGAGCACAACCCAUGCUCAAAUAUCUAUGGAAACAUCUUUUUGUAUAAUGUAUUUUUUACAUUUUUACUCACAGUUCCUCUCAGGAUGAUGAACUAUUCUCAGGGAAUUAACCAAAAAAACAACAACAAAAAACAAAGUGUACGUUAUUCUUUUGGGAAUCAUCCACUUACUGACUGAACCAACUCUGUUAAGCAAUGGUCUAGAGCUGUAUGUAAUCCAUUCAUGUACUGAUAUUAGCAACUACCUCUUGAGUUUUACAUAGCUGUAUGUGUCUGUCUUUUUUUUUUUCUUCAUUGAGCUGUAUUAUUAACUUUAGGUCUGUAUUAUACAGAGGUAUUUUGUGAGAUGUUUCUUAGUGUUGCCACAUAAUUACUGGUCUUCCUUCCUGGAUUUUACACCGAUGUAAUGAGUUACUUUUUUUUCUUUUUUUUUAAGUUUACAGCAAAAUCCUACCUCAUAUGCGCAAUUCCUCCUCCCAGGUCCUCUUUGUGCUCCGCAUAGUUCAUCAUGGAUGAAAUCACUUGUCACACGUUGAAACAACAGUUUCAAUACAAACAGCAGCUGCUUGUCAGUUGUUGAUUGCAAUCAAAAUCUUAUUUGUUUUAUUUUGUACUCAAGUUUUCACUACAUCUCACACCCGAGGUGAAUCUCUUUCUGCCUGCUGCACACAGACUGUAAACACUUAUUCCUUCGUUGCACACAGCCAGUGAGUUUACCUCAGUUUGUUGGGCGAGCUAUAGACACGUUAGCAGUUAAAUAUUUAAUGGUCCUGUUAACACGUUCUGAAACAGUACACUGACUUUUUUCUCAUAACAAUUUUUGUAACCACUUGAUAUGAUUUUCCUACGAUGAAGAAGAAUAGGUUUGCACUCGAGGAAGGUGUGCCUAUCUCUUUCUGUCUGACUGAGCUGUUACCAAAUAGAUUAUGUAUUUCUUUCUAUUUUGGCUCAAAGAUGCCUUUUGUCAGUCAUUGCAACAGAAGUUGCUUGCCCCUGAGAUAAAGCCCCUUCUUGGUGCAAACUGCAUUUGUAGUUUAGAGAGACAUUAACAGAAUCAGUAUAUUUUGUGCAUAGCUGACACGAAGAUGCGAAAUCGAUAAAGAAUAGUGUUAUUAUCAGUACUCUCAAAAAAACUAACUCAAGAGAUAAAACUUUGCAUAUGACUGCAGUAUUACAGUUCACACUUGAAGGAGAGGAUAACUACAUAUGGAACAAAAACAAUUACAGUACAAAUGCAGUUAUUAACCACCAUUAUUACAGAUUUAUUAGCUUUUUAAUUACUUCCAAUCAAGAUGCCUAGAAACUAAGAUUGUGUAUUAUUCAGUACUUGAAAAUUCUAAGACACCCUUUAAUACAACGAAUCAAAAUGUUAUAAAUAGUUAUCAAGGCAGAGUGUAGUCGAACAAAUUAGUUUUAAUUUGAAUCCUUCAAACAUGAGGCAAAGGUCUCCCAUUCACUAGGGGAAAAACACUUUGAUGAUCCGAAAUGCACCAGUUGUUUCUCAGCAGAAAGUAAACUUUAGCAGAAAUGUACAACAUAGGGAAUGAAAAAAAGAUCUUAGUAAGAAAAUAAUUGACACUGUUUUAGAGCUAAAACUGAGGCAUUCGUCUCUCCAACUGAGCCUUGCAGUGGUAUUAAAACGUCAUCAAAAAGGAAAUAUUUGUCUCCUGUGUUGCAUAACACAACCCAGAGAAAAAUGUGUCACUUAUAUUAUUUCAUACUUAAUAGACUUACUUAUUUGGUUUUUAUCAUAAUCUUUUAAAAGAAAUGCCCUCUUUUUUUUAUCCAUAAUAGAUUCUGGGGAACUGUCAGAGCUGAAAGUUUAAUUCAAAUCAUCUGGUUUACUUUACUUUUCUUUUUUGCCUCAGGUCAAAAAUCUCUCCUGAAACUUGUAGAGUUCAGCUGAUUAACAGUGGACACUAAGUCUCUCCAAAUGUCCUCGGUGGAGAGAGUUUAUACAACAUUUUGGGAGUAAACUUAUUUGCCCUCUGGUAAAAACUUGACUAACUGGAUGGAUGAGAAGAUCAAUCCUAAACUCACGUCUGCCCAUUAAAUGUGAGGCUGCAGUUAGAAGCUUCAGAAAACAGCAUUCACAAGGUUGAAUUAUUUACAUAUGUAUUGGAAUCGGUAUCAGAAAGAAAAUAUUGGUAUCAGAACAUCUGUAGUUACUCAUCGAUCAGGUUCUGUGGAAAGUCAGUGUAGUGGAUUCCUAAUUAUGUUUGGCAGGUUGUUUUAAAAAUAUGUUCCACGUGUCCAGAUGUUCAGUGGAAAAGAAUUUGAUUUUGUACUGACAUUUUUACUAAGCCAGACUGUGAACGAGGCUAAUAGAAACCUUUUCAGUAAAUGUCCAUCUAGACUGUUUGUAGGCUUCUUGCUAAAUUCGGAGAGACCUGUAUUUGCCUCACCUCAUGAAUACAAUAUGUUCUCAAUGAUUCAGGACAAAUCCACAUCACUAAGGCUGAGUCGGACCACCUUGUUUCCACCAUGUUUACCUGAAUGCUUUCAGCAUUUUGAGAUAAUCUAGUUGUAUUUUGAAGAUGAUCAUGAGCCUUUUGACCUUUUGGCCUCCGUGCUGUGUCAGUCGUGAUUAUGUACAGAAUACGCAAAACGACAACGUGCGUUAGAAAAGUUUGAAUUUUCCAGACAACAAAAUGAAACCAUUACCACCUGAGUAAAUUAGAUAUUCAAUAGGGUAAAUGAUUUGUGUAUUACAUUCACAGAACAAAAGAUAAAAAGCUAGAUUCCCUUGAACAAAGACUCAAUAGCCUUUGGAGACAGAAGGAAUGUACUACCCAUGAUCAUAGACGAGGAAACCUCAGCGGUCAGUCUUACUUUCUCGUGUUGUUGUUUAGAGGACGACUGCAGACAGACUAGAGCUCACAUACCUCAACUACAGCCUCUGACAGCUGUUCUGUGCUUUGCCUUGAUUGAAGAAACAAUGUGCUGUAGAGGACGAUCAUUUAUAAUGUUCUUUUUUUUUAACUGAGCUGUAUCAUUUCAGAUUCAGAAGUGUUUAUGUACAUGAAGAUGUACUGUGACAUUGAACCUCAUGGGACCUAGAAUUCCAACCAAGUGCAGAUACUUUUUUGUUGUCAUUAAAAACCUCACAUUUGUUCAUAUAUGUAUUCUUUUGUUUUAACUCUGUGGCCUGAGAGGGCUUUCUGUGUUGUUGUUUUUUUUUAGUAGAGCCAAGCACUGAUUGCUUUUGAAUGGUAAAUGUUUUUCUUUGUGCAUAUCACUCAUUAUUUUACCCUUGAUAAAAAUGUACUGCCUUUUUUAAUUUUUAUUUCUGUGAACCUGAAAUGGAUUUUUAGAUACAUUUUAAAUAUUUCACUUGAUUGGAAAAUAAACCUAUUAUAUUGGGAUUGAAGCAUGUGUACUUCCUGAUGGAUACUUGAAAUGAUUUAAGACUUGGGUGAAGACACAUUUUUCCAGAAAAGUUUUGAAAGUUUUCUAAAAGUUGGAUAGUUUGAACAGUAAUGUAACAGUCACAUAUGCAGUGUGCGAAUGACAGCUGUCUCAGUGUGAAACUGCUGUUGUUCUCUUACAAGAAAUGACUAGCAAACUUCUGCUUUAAAGAGUAACUCUCUUGUUAUUGUGAAGAUUUUGACUUUUCUUCGUCAUAAAGUUAACAUAAAAUGAACGUAAUUGACCUUAUUGUGUGUCUAAUCUCCCCUCUUUUUAAAAUGAGAUUAAAAUCUGCUUGGUGCAGAAGAUGGAC